AGUCCAAAUUGGGGUGUUAAAACGAAGUUAAUAGUUUGACGAUAUUUCUUUAUUGUGUUGACCCGAGAUCAAAACUAACGGCGAAGAAAACACUAAUUGUGAUGUAAAAGCCAUAUUGGAAUCAUUUCACCUAAGCAAUUUUGGACAUCCAUCGUGAUAAACAAAGCUCCGGAAAUUAUUGAGGACUUACAAUGAAUGAAUUCGAAAUGGAUGAGGAUUUUCAAGGAGGGUUCAAGCCAUAAGAUGGUCCAAGUCUUCAUAAAGAAAGAUUCACAGUACCCAGUUAUAUCAGGACUGGCUUUCAUGUAGGGUGCAGAGAAUCCCCCCAAGAAAUAUUACGACAGUCGUUGCCAGGGAAGAAGAAACACUCACAGAGGUCACAAAGGUAACCAGCACCCUGAAGAACAGAAAUUUAGAUCUCGAUUCCGUUAGUGCUGUCAGCAUGGAGGUGGGUCUUCGUGCGGUUCGUGGUCCCGACUGGAAGUGGACCAAUCAGGACGACGGAGAAGGCCACUUAGGCACAGUUGUGGAGAUUGGCAAGCCCGGAAGUACGACGUCUCCAGACAAAACCGUUGUGGUGCAGUGGGAUUCGGGCUCCAGAACCAAUUACCGUGUGGGUUACCAAGGAGCUUUUGAUCUCCGUAUUUUAGACAAUGCACCAAUAGGUGUGAAGCAUCCAAACAUCAUCUGUGAUGCAUGUAAGAAACAGGGGAUCCAGGGCAUGCGAUGGAAGUGUACCAAGUGCCAUGACUUUGAUCUCUGUACCACGUGUUACAUGGCUGACAAACAUGAUCUGACACACUCCUUCCAGAGGUUUGACACAGCCUCCUCUAAAGGAGUGAAGGUUCCGAAGAGGGUGAGUGGCACCAAGGUACAGAUGAAGGGCAUUUUCCCCGGUGCCAAGGUGGUAAGGGGACCAGACUGGGACUGGGGUAAUCAAGAUGGUGGGGAGGGUAAAAUUGGAAAAGUCACAGACGUGCGAGGCUGGGACUCUGAGUCUGGGAGGAGCGUUGCCAAUGUUACAUGGUCAUCAGGAUCAACCAACGUGUACAGGGUGGGGCAUAAGGGCAAAGUGGACCUAAAGUAUGUGCAGGAGGCCUCAGGAGGCUUUUACUACAAGGAUCAUCUACCUGUGUUAGGCGAGUUCACUGAAGUAGCCUCUACCAGUGGAGUUCCAUGUCAGUUCAAAGUCGGUGAUAAGGUCAGAGUUGACCUGGAAACAGACAUCCUCAAGGUCAUGCAGGAAGGUCACGGAGGAUGGAAUCCAAAGAUGGCAGAUUAUAUUGGCAGAGUAGGAACAGUCCAUCGAAUCACUGAGCGAGGGGAUGUCAGGGUGCAGUAUGAAGGCUGUUCUAACAGAUGGACCUUCCACCCUGGAGCUUUGACAAAGGUACAACUGUUCUCAGUGAAUGACGUAGUGCGGAUCUCAGAUGACGUACACAAAGUUAAGGAGGAACAGAAGGGACAUGGGGAGUGGACAGAAAACAUGAGAGCUACAUUAAACAUGUUGGGCCGUGUAAAGAAGGUGUAUAUGGAUGGCGACCUUCGUGUGGAUGUGAAUGGGCAGACGUGGACGUUCAAUCCAUCAUGCUGUAUCCUUGUACCUCAUGGAGCUCAGGAAAUCAACAACACACUGGGUGGGCACGAGCGAGAGGAACGUAGCAGAGAUACUCUGCAAGCGCUGUUGGACCAAUUUAUGGAGAUUCAACCAGCCUACGACUCUGGCCCUGACCGGCUGGUGAAAGAGGCUGCUCAAGGUCACGCGGAGGUUGUCAGUGAAAUUGUUACAAAAUUCCCAGACAAGGUGGAUCAGAAGAGCUCCGGUAAGACAGCCCUACAGGUGGCCUGUCAUCAGGGUCACCGAGAGAUUGUCCAGUUACUGCUGACCGCUGGUGCUAAGUUGGAACUACAGGACGAGGAUGGGGACACAGCACUACACUACUCAGCCUUUGGAAACCAGCCAGAAAUAACAGAGCUACUUCUGCAGAAGGGUGCAGGCAUCGAUGCCCUCAACAAGGGAGGUUGUAGCACACUGCACGUGGCUGUCAACAAACAGCACCUCAAGUGUGUCAAAGUCCUGCUCAAGCAUAAGUGCAAUGUCAAUAUUCAGGAUGCUUAUGGGGACACAGCACUUCACGACGCCAUCGGAAAAGAAAAUCGGGAAAUCAUAGACAUACUCGUAAACUAUCCAGGAAUAGAUUUUACCCUCCGAAACAAAAGAGGCUUUAAUGUCCUACAUCAUGCAGCAUUGAAGGGGAAUAACUUAGCUACAGAGAAAAUAUUGGGGAAAUGUCGACAGAUUGUUGACAUCAAGAAAGAUGAUGGAUUUUCAGCGCUUCAUUUAGCGGCAUUGAAUGGCCACAAGGAUGUCUCCAACACAUUGUUAACUGUGGGUCAAGCCGACAUCGAGAUUCAGAAUAACCGACAACAAACACCUCUACUGCUGGCUGUGUCUCAGGGGCAUACUGCUCUGAUAGAGCUCCUUGUUACCAAAGGAUCCGAUGUGAGUGUUGAAGAUGAAGAUGGAGAUACAUGUUUGCACUUAGCCUUGAUGCGCCAGACUGUUGCCACGGAAACAGAAAACUCACCGAUGCUUGAUGCUAUCCGAGCUCAGUUGAACAUGACUCAGAAUGAGAGUCAGACCGGUGCUGCUAUAGCGUGCUACCUCGCCCAGCAGGGGGCCAGCCUCACACACCGCAACCACCAGGGCAAGUCUCCCAUGGACCUGAUAAACGACCCACGCAUAGAGGAGGCUGUGCGACAGUUCUCUGCCGGCCAGCAUGGGAACACAGCUGACAUCCAGGCUACAGUAGAAGAUAUGGUGCCGUCGUCAUCAUCAACAGACAUACGAGAGUGUCGCGUGUGCUGUGAUCAGCCAGCUGAUGUCACCUUCCAGCCCUGCAGACACCAGCUGGUGUGUGACGAGUGCUGUAUCAAAAUGAAGAAAUGUUUAGAAUGUCAGCAACUCAUCACCUCAAAAAUCAGUAAAGACGGAAGUGUUAUCAGUGAGUUAGAUACUGCUCAGCCUACAGAGUCUGACGUUACGAAGCUACAGAAGAAAGUACGGGAAAUGGAAGAAACAUUAAUGUGUGGAAUCUGUAUGGAGAGGCCCAGAAACAUGGCAUUUUUAUGUGGACAUACAGUCUGUAGCCAGUGUGGUGACUCACUCAAGAUAUGUCACAUGUGCAGGAAGCAGAUUCUCAAGAAGAUUACCCUGUUUUAGCCUUAAAAAGGAACUCACAUGUGUCAGUGAGGCAGGACUAAUUAAAGACAACAAAUAUGGCAUGCUGCAGGGAGGCUUUGUGAGAGUUGUGCUAUUCAGACUUGUGGAAGAGUUUUACCUCGAUACUGUCUGCGGACUACAGAAUUUGUGAUAAAUCUUUGUGGAUAUGGCACUCUACUGGCUCUUUAUUCCCAGUUUUCAUGGAAAAUGCUGUUUAGGUUUUGGUUUUGAGCAUAAAGGAGUUCUGGGAUUGUUUUUCAGUGUGAUUUUUGAAAAUUGAGAUUUUGUGGUGUUGAUAAUGUGAUAGAAGAACACUUUCCCUUUUUCUGUGUUAGAGAUAGUGUUUGGUUGACAGAGCCUGGUGUGAUACAAUAUUUUUUGACCGAAAGAAGGCAUUGUGAGAUACAUAAACGAAUAUGUACAUGUACGCACACAUGCAUGCAUCUGGCAAUCUGUUUAUGUCUUAUUUCAACUGUAAGCUUCCCCGAAACAGUUACUAGUAAUGUAAAAUGCACAUCAUAAUGUUCAUUCUACUAUUUCUAAUGCGUGUGCUCUGCUAACUCUUCUUUGUACAUACCUGUUUGUAUGAAGAGGAGGGUUUGGUGUUAGAUCGCUUAAUUUCCCACUUGAAUAUUACAUCUUAACCAUCAAUAUUCCAUCAGUAAAUAUGAGGUUUAAUAUUUUGAUCGGAUGGACUUCAUUCCUCAGUCUCUCAAUUAUGUGUACUUAAAGG